GUUUGCACUUUCACAUCAAACUGCUUGCAGGAUUGUCCUUAAAGCCGAAUGCAAUCUACAACUUGUUUUUUUAAUUGACUCAAUAAUUUUAAUUAAAACAUGUUAUGUGUCCAAGAAGGUUGGAUUCUCAUUCUGGUGAAGUUUCUUUUCAUUUUGACAAGCAGACAUGCUAGUGCAUUUCUGCAGAGCAAUUACCACUUUCCAGACCAGGAACAAGAAAACUUUAUCAAGACUCAUAAAGAAUUCGAUGUGGUGCAUCCUGUGAAAGUUGACUGGGAUGGAGUGUUUGUGUCUCACAGUUUAACCCAUCACAUCAACAAACCCAGGAGAAAAAGAGACGCGAGAAAAACUGACACUCGCGUCUACUACAAAAUUCACCACAAGGGCCAGGAUUUGCUUUUUAAUCUUACUGUUAACCCAAAUCUACUUUCCCAUGGCUACGUUCUUGAGAAAAGAUACGGAAAACUUACUGGUGCCAAGAUGCAACCGCACUCGGAGAAUUCCUGUCAUCUCGUCGGCACAGUUACUUCGUGGAAGCAGGUCGAUAAAGACAUUGGGUCGGCGGCUGUCAGCACCUGCAGCGGAUUGAAUGGAUUCUUCAGGUUGUCUAAGGGCCAUUAUUUUAUUGAAGCCAUUCGUAACUAUCAUCAGGAGGAGGGGGCGCAGCACCCACAUGUCAUCUACAGGAGGCAUUUUCCACAGUCAACCCACAGGCAGCGACGUGACACGGACUCAGGAGGCAAGAUGACGUGUGGACUUAAAGAUUCCACUAGUGACUUUUUGAAAGUAGAAAGGCAAAGAGAAAGCUGGGAGAGAAAACACCGGAACAACCACCGUCGAAUUUCCCAGCGCUCUGUCAGCAAAGAACGAUGGGUAGAGACUUUGGUUGUGGCUGACUCUAAAAUGAUAGAAUAUCAUGGAAGUGAAAAUGUAGAGUCCUAUGUCUUUACUAUUAUGAAUAUGGUUGCUGGGAUAUUUCACGAUCCAAGCAUUGGCAACGCUGUUCACAUUGUGCUUGUGCGGAUUAUUCUACUGGAAGAAGAGGAGAAAGGGUUAAAGAUUGUCCACCAUGCAGACAGCACCCUCUCGAGUUUCUGCAAGUGGCAGAAGAACAUCAACCCUAAAAGUGAUACCCACCCAGCUCACCAUGAUGUUGCAGUGCUUAUUACCAGAAAAGAUCUCUGUGCUGGGAAGAACCAGCCAUGUGAGACACUGGGACUCUCCCAUCUUUCUGGAUUGUGCCAGCCCCAUAGAAGCUGUAAUAUCAAUGAGGACUCAGGGCUCCCUGUAGCAUUCACAGUUGCACAUGAGCUGGGUCACAGUUUUAGCAUCCACCAUGAUGGGCAGGGAAAUGACUGUGAACCAGUUGGAAGACACCCCUUCAUCAUGUCCCGCCAACUACAGUAUGACCCUUCACCCCUGACAUGGUCACACUGCAGCAAGGAGUACAUUACCCGCUUCUUAGAUCGUGGCUGGGGCUCAUGUUUGGACGAUCGUCCAUCUAAAAAAGUCCUGACAGCCCCGAUUGUCGCUCCUGGAGUUCUUUAUGACAUCCACCAGCAGUGUCAGCUCCAGUACGGACCCAACACCACCUUCUGUGAUGAGGUUGAGAAUGUGUGCCAGACCCUUUGGUGCUCAGUAAAUGGAUCGUGUCGUUCCAAGCUGGAUGCAGCCGCAGAUGGCACCUGGUGUGGAAAGGAAAAGUGGUGUCUUUCUGGAGAGUGUGUGGUUGUGGGGAAGCGCCCUGAUAAAACGAAUGGGAAAUGGGGCAUGUGGAGUUCCUGGUCCCAUUGCACACGGACCUGUGGUGCUGGAAUUCAGUCUGCAGAGAGACAGUGCAACAACCCACAGCCGCAGUUUGGAGGCAAGUACUGUACAGGAGAGCGCAGGCGAUAUCGAAUAUGUAACACCAAAGCCUGUGCCCGGGACAGGCCCACUUUUCGGGAAAUGCAGUGCAGUGAAUUCAACACGGUGCCCUACAACAAUGAGCUGUAUGAGUGGAUCCCAGUCACUAACACUUUAAACCCAUGCGAGCUUCACUGUCGGCCUGUUGAUGGACAAUUUUCUGAGAAAAUGUUGGACGCUGUCAUAGAUGGGACCUCAUGUUUUGAUGACGACAACAGCAGAAAUAUCUGUGUCAAUAGUGUUUGUAAGGACGUAGGAUGUGACUAUGCAAUCGACUCCAAUGCUAUUGAAGAUCGCUGUGGGGUGUGUCUUGGAGAUGGUUCUGGCUGCCAAACUGUGACAAAGAUGUUUGAUGCAAGUGAAGGGUUAGGUUAUGUCGACGUGGGCUUGAUUCCAAAGGGUGCAAGGGAUAUAGUAGUGAAAGAGGUCAAGGAAUCUGGGAACUUCUUGGCCUUGAGGAGCGAAGAUCCAGAGAAGUAUUACCUGAAUGGCCAGUUCAUUAUCCAGUGGAAUGGAGAAUAUAAAGCGGCUGGAACAACUUUUUUCUAUGAGAGAAGUGGGAACCUGGAGAACCUGACUUCACCGGGACCAACUAAGGAGCCUGUGUGGUUACAGCUGCUUUUCCAGGAGAGAAACCUGGGAGUGAAAUAUGAGUAUACUAUACAAAAACACCAGAAAAAAGAAAAUGAGGUUGGAGAACCAGAGUAUAUAUGGAAGUAUGGAGCCUGGACUGACUGCACUGCCACUUGCGGGACAGGAGUUCAACGGCAGCCUGUCCGAUGCAUAGAGAAGUGGAGUGGGGUGGUGGAAGAGACAUUCUGUAACCCAGACACACGCCCCGAAGGCAGGCAAAAGAGGUGCAAAAACCAGGAUUGCCCAGCACGGUGGUGGGUUGGGGAGUGGCAGGCCUGUUCCAUGACCUGUGGUCCUGCUGGUCUCAAGAAGCGCACAGUCUUUUGUAUUCGAACAGUUGGGGCUGAAGAACAGGCACUGCCGCCUUCAGAGUGCAGGCACCUACUCAAGCCAAAGCCCCAAGUGCCCUGCAAUAGAGAUGUGCUGUGCAGCUCACACUGGACUGUGGAUGACUGGAGCGAGUGCUCAGCUACAUGUGGGGGAGGAAUACGGACCAGAGGAGUGACUUGUCCUUCAACCGCUAAAGAGGCUUGUGAUAUUUCAAAGAAACCAAAUUCCAAAUCGCUGUGUGGUCUUCAGAACUGUCUUUCUGAUAAGAACUAUCCUUCUCCUCUGUUUCCAAAAAUAAGAAGAAUAGUCCAUGAAAGCCUACCCCGAAACCCAUCUCAAAAGCCCAUUGGUGCUCCUUCUGGAAAAAUGAUCUGGCCCAAACCGACCAGGAAUAACCUCACCAUAACAACAACUGGUCGGCCUUUUCACACCACUCAACCAGCCACUGUUGCAACUUCUUUUAUCCAAUAUAGUGUAGGCACUAUUGCAAAAGAUAACUUGGGUGGUGAAGAUUAUGAUUACAACUUCAUCACUUUUGAUAAUUCAAGCACAACAAAGUCUCCCAGACCACUGAGCAGCAAACCACCUAACCCUUCAUUGAAAGACAAGAUGUUGAAAAACUUAACACCUGGUUAUGACUACAUUACAGAUGACGCUACCUUUGUCUCUGGUGAGGUGGAUGGAACACCAGAGGAAAAUACUAGUCCUUCAGACUAUUAUAAAACUACUGAUCCAAGUUUGCCCUCUGCCAGGAACUCUGUGGAUGCAUCCCCAUCUUAUCGAGUUACAUCUACCAGAAAGCCUGCCAAUAAACUAGACCAUAAACGAAUGCCAAGUACAACUACAGGAGUGCCUGUAACUACUCAAAUAAUUCACCCAAAUGCAGAAAUGACAAAAAGUAACCAUACAAAUGUGACUGCCUUUCCUAAAGUUAAAGUCUUAAAAGCUAAACCACGGAACACGGCAGAUCAGGGGGAAUCAACCACUACCAUUCAAAUCCCAGAAGGUUAUAGCGCUACACAGGGAGACUUCUUUACCAUAACAACAGACAAUAAAAACUUUGACACCAACGACCAUUUAAAAGAUUAUGCUUUUUGGGUUGUGGGCAACUGGAGUAAGUGCUCUACAACUUGUGGACUUGGAGCAGUCUGGAGAACAGUCAAGUGCAGCACUAAUGAGGAGUCUCACUGUGAAAACAUCAAAAAACCAGACCCUGCCAGAAGGUGUCAUCUCCGCCCAUGCACAACCUGGAAAAGUGGAAACUGGAGUAAGUGCUCUGAAAACUGCCAAGGUGGCACAAAAUCACGAGAUGUGCAAUGCAUAGAUGCUCAGACAGCACGACAGCUCCGACCUUUCCACUGUCAGCCUCUUGGAUACAAGCCUCCUGCUACCCUGGCUUGCAAUCAGGAAUCCUGUUUGGAAUGGCACCAGACACCAUGGAGUGAGUGUUCAAAGAGUUGUGGGGCUGGUCUAUUGGAGCGGCUUGUCUAUUGCCCGGAAUACAAUCGUUGCAACAUGAAAGAAAGACCUAACAGUACUGAACCCUGCAAUAUUCAACCCUGUACCCAGUGGGUCACAGAUGUUUGGGAAGAGUGUACAGCCUCCUGUGGCGGGGGUGUGAAGCACAGGAUUGUGAAAUGUGUAAAUGAGGAAUCCAAGAAAGUAGAAGACAGCAGCUUUUGUGAAGAGAAGACAAGACCUGCAGCUCUCCAGAAAUGUAACCAUCAUAAGUGCAAAAAUAAUAAAGCUCCUUCCUGCACUAAAGACAGCUUGUCCGCUAGAUUCUGUGAGAAGCUGAAGCUGCUUGGAAGGUGUUCGUUGAUAACGAUACAGAGGCAGUGCUGCCUCACCUGCCUCCAUUCGUAACAGACUGUGGAUUCCAGAUAAGCAGGCUCUGUGGCUCUGCAACCACACUACAACUUCCAGUUAAAUCAUAAGGGACUCGUUAUUUGUAUUUCUGAACUGACUUCAACCCUAAAUGUUAUUCUUAGCACAGAAUAUUCAAACUUGGGUUUCAUAUACAUAUUUUACAUUGUGCCUCAUUGUUUUGUUUGUUGUAUUAACCACCUCAACAUUUGAUUAAGAGUGUUCACACAUACUGUAAUAUACAGUAUACAUAUAUUUGCAGGCAGAUUUCAGCUGCGGUAAUAUUCAUGUUUUUUUUUUUUUUGUACAGUUUGUCAGUAAAGUGCCUUAGACCCCAUAGAAGCAUCUGUCUAAUCAGUACACAGUGUGAAUGGAGGGUAUGCAAACUCAAAAUCAGGCAUUCUCACAUGCUAUUCUAUUAUUAAAAGUUCAGCCAGGGUCCAAAACUUUUUUUUUUUUUUAAAUCUCAGCCAUUUUUUCCACACUUACAAGUCUGCUUACUAAAUAGUUUGUUCCCAUACAAAAUAUAUUUGGAAUGUAGACAAGUUAAUUAUAUACCUACUUUGCAGUCCUUUCCAAAUGUGUAGGCAAUUACAUUGACGUUUACUACUUUAGUUAUAUUAUAUGGUCAAAAUUAGCUAAGGUUCUGUUUAAGGAUCUUACGAUUUCAAGGGACCUGUUGGAUUGAAUUGGCUACAUUACAGAACUGUAAAUACUGGCUUGAAAUCAACAAAUAGAAAUCAUGUAGCACUUGUAUUACUUAAAAGGUUUCCCUCCAAUACAGGAAAUCUAUCUAAUCUUUCUGACCGCAGCUGAGUUAUAUAUGUUAGGAUUAAGUAAUUGCUUUGUGAGAUACACAUGCAUAUUCUCUUAAUCCAUCUUGUUGAAUACAAUGUAUUUCAUUUGGAGGUAUGUAUGCACGUACUGUAUAGGCAGCAUCCUAUUUCAAAGAGAAAAGCACAGUGCUAGUGAAUUCUUACAUUUUUUCACAUUGAGGUAUGUAUCUAAUAAGUAGAAGCGCUUUACAUUAGAUUACAUUUCAGUGUUACUGUACAGGCUUAAGGGUUUAAAACACAAAGCAUUGCUUUCUGCUCUGUUGUACGUAUUCCUGCAAUAUCUUUUUUAACAUAAUUGCAUUUGUUUUUAUAUUUUUAUCUACAUAUUCCAACAUAAAUCAGUUUUGAGUAGUAGUUUUUGUUUCAGAUCGUUUAUGCAUUGGGUCUUCUCUUCAAAAUAUGUUUUGAAUUCAACCUGUUCAGUAACAUUUCAUUGGUUCCCAUCCAACUCUUCUCAUAAAAUUCAGCAUUUGGAUUGGUUCAUCUGUCUGUAAUCUUUGCCAAGAUUCUACCUGCUCACUCCAGCACAGGUUCAGAGGAGCGGGAACAAGUUUACAAAUAUACAUGACAAACCCUGUGUAGUCACAUCGGCUCUAGAGCAAAGAUGCAAGAUGCCUCCAACUUUAGAAAUAUGUAUGGUUGUACUCAAAAUCUGCAUAAGACACUGUUGCACAGAACACUUUAUAACCUGGGCAGUGAAAUCUGCUGUCCAUCAAAACACUGUUGUGUUGCUUAGUUUGUAGAGUUGCUUGGGUGUUAUUACUGGUUCAUAUUCUAUAAAUCAUACAAAUGCAGUUAAAGAAAAAAAAAUAUUACAAAUUAAAUAAACAUACUGUGUGUCUUUCAUAUAGCAAUAUAGUUAUAAGUACUAGGUAGGAUUUUUUUUUUUUUUAAAGCUCUUUGUACUUUAAAUGCUGGCAGUAUUUAGGUAUUUCCUGUGUGGAUCAUUCAAAUGUAUUCCUGUAUAUACAGGGUGGGUAAAACAAUAGCCCAUUCAAUGGAUACGAUUUCAAUUAAGAAAGUUGUCAAAGCUUUGAAAUCCAGUGAAGUUAGUGGCCACUUGAUUGGACUGUCCUUCAGUAGAUUUGGCCCAUGAUGUUCGUUGUAUAACUUUUCCCUGUGUGUGUUUGCUUUUUUCUUCAACCUGUAUAUUAUUAAUUUGAAUGUUUGAAUCCAUUCGAAUCGUCCUUUUUUUUUUUUUUUAAUUUUAAGGUCCACCUUAUGUUUUAAACAGGUUUACAAAUGCUUUAGCUGAAAAAACACCAUUUAAAAAAUUACUUUUAAUAAUAUGCGUUUAGAAGCCUGUACAAAACAUAACCUUGCCUACAAUGAAAAUAGUUUUGCUGAUGCAGUAUUUUCCUGGCAAAUUGGUGCUGUUCAACAAGAUGUUGUCUCAAUGCAUUUUUUUUUUUUUUUUAAUACAGUAGGUGUUGCAGGUCAGCACCAUUUUUUUUAAUUACUGUAUGUUU